AUGACGCUUCGAAGAGUCACAAUUCUAAGAAAGAAGGACACCAAGUUUGGUAUCAUUUUUUGUAGGAAGUCGCCGCACAGUCCAUUGACCAUUCAAUCGAUGCUGAAGGAUGGCGUGUUCUAUGGUCAGGGUUUUGCACCUGGGAUGGUAGUCACCGAGAUCAACGCUAAACGUGUACAAUGGGAAACGCCAGUGGAAGCUGCAAUGAUGCUUCAGAAUACUCCUAUCGGAGGGUUUGUUUCAAUUGUAGUUGAAAUUUUCUGUGCAGUAGGCAAGAGGCACAGCAAGUACACGCCCUGGGGCUUGUACCUAGUAAGACCAAAAGAGUCUUCAGGUGUAAUCAUUGCAAAGGUUACUGGUCAAUUUGAAAACACUGAGUUGAGGGAAAAUAUGAAAAUCAUUGAGAUCAAUGGCGAGCCUUGUCCUAGAAGGGCACGAGAUGCUUUCAAAAUAUUGGACGAAACAAAGCAUGAAUUACAAAUAACAGCAGUGAACCUGCAUAUUGUAGACGUUGAUGAAAACUGGCCCAAACCAGGAGUUCCGGAGACAGUGACCCCGAAUCCAGAGACUGCACCUGGGAACAUUGCUUGUGCACUGGAUGGUUACGUCAGUGUCUUCGGUUGUGGCUUUGUUGCUGAAGGUGAAGGUCAAAACCCAAAAAAACAAUUACGAUCAAUGAGAGAAAUGAAGUCCAUAACUUUUCCACUCUCCGCAGAAUACUACAAGAAGACUCAGGGUGGAGCAAAAUCGAGCCCAUCUCAACACGCGCCUGUGGCAAAGAAGCCACGAAAGAAACCCAAAAAUACACGAUCAUUCUUUGAAAUAUGGACCCAAAGAUGGCGAGACGAUUCCAUCUCAGAAACUAGCCUCGAGGAAGGCCCCAGUGAAGAAGAUCCGGAUGUUGUCUACGAGAAGACGAAGAAAUCAAUAUUUAAGAAAUUGGUUCCAAGAUUACGGAAGAAGACAUCGAUCAGCACUUCGGACUCGGUAGCACUCCCGUAA